AUGCCUCGCCUCGGGUCUUAUUCGAGGACUUUGGAUGAGAUUUUUGCGAUGAGCGCGCCGAAACCGAAGCCGAGGCAAUCGACGGGGUCUAAUAGUGCUGUAACUACUGCUGAUUCCAAAGGUAAGGUAUUAAAAUUCCCUGAACUAUGAAUAAUUUUAAUUAAGGUGAGAUAAAUCGGUCACCACUGGUGGCUUUGGGGGAUCGACCAACAACAAGACACGGGAGAAGUUCUGAGUCGUCAUCGUCGUCGAAUAAGACCGAGAAUAAAUCGGAAGUCUCAGAUGUAAGCCAGUUUUCUAUGAAUUGCCAUGUCUUGCAAUUAGCGCGAUAAUUUAUGUUUUGUAUAAUACUAACCACAAUUUAUAAUACAUUCAUUUUGUAGUCCACUCGAACACGAGUUGAUGUCUGGACUCGCGAAGACAACCCUCAAGAUGUCCCUCACGUGGACGCUGUCGAACUGCUGCAAGCCUUAGGCUCCAAACGUCGGAAUAUCGCGGAUUCUCCGAUCAUGGAGAACGAGCUCAGCGAGAUCUCAAGCGCUUCGAGCGAGGCCAGCACGUCAUCGGAGAAUCAAAUUCAACCAUUUACACAGACCAGAAGUCUGCGAACGGCCUCUUCUUCGAACCCAACCACCUCUGACUCGAUUAAGAUCCCCUCGAUUCACACAGCACCAUCAACUUCAUCUUCAAACUCAUCGGGGAAGGAAUCCAGGAAGUCAUCGAUAACAGAAACCAGGGAAUUACAGAAGGAGAAUGAUGGAAAGGACCGAUUGAAUGGCGUCAACUUGGGAAAUAAUCGACCGACCACUUUUACGAAGGAUAAAGAGGAUGAGGUAGGGACCUUAUGUUAUACUAGGCUGGAUGAUACUUGA